AUGAAGAGACACCGGGAGGCAUCUAGGAAGUCAAAGAAGGCAAAGCUGGGAGAAACUUCUAGGUCAAGACCUCCAGUCCCUCUAGCUGAUUCUCCAAGUAAUUCUUUGCCUCCUUCUCGCUCUAUUAAAUUAAAGCCUAUUGCUUCUUCUCUUCCCCAAACCACUCCCAUCUACACCCAAUCAGAAACACCUCCCUCCACCACCAGACCCUCUAACCUACCAUCUCUUAAAUUCAAUCUCGCAACCACUACCCUACCCAUUUCUGAAGCAGAAAUGUUGAACGAAACCACCUCACCAUCAUCUUCCUUACCUUCAUCCCCACCAUACUACAUUCUCUCAUCAGACAACGAACCCUCUGACCCCCAAUCCCUCACACUAGCUCAACUUCAAGCACAUGCUCUGACCUCACAACAACCACCACAACCUGAACCUGAAGUCACCUCUCCAUUCUCUGAACAACACAAUCCACCUCCAUCGGACCAACCUCAAACACCACCCCAUGAACAACAAACAAAUCCACCAUCUGAACAACCACAAACACCACCUCCUGAACAACCAACAACUGCACCCUCUGAACUUCCACCCAGUCCACCACCUGAACAAGCAACAUUACCUCCCUCUGAUAUUCCCCCACUACCAACCUCUGAAGACAUCAUCCCUACUCAAACUCCCGCUGACACCAAUCCAACACCACCAUCCUCCCCAUCCUCCAACCCUGAACCAAAAACUGCCUUCCCCACAUUAGAAGAAGCAAUAACUUUAUUUGCGGAGUCUUCAGUGGAGAAGAUCAAGUCUCUGUCUGUCAACUUUGGCAUUAGUGAUGAUCCCUCUAUAGUAAGGAUCCACUGGAACAGGGUGAUCAUAUGGAUGACCUCUGAAGCCUUCAAACUGAAAGUCCUCUCUGAACAUGUCCGCAACGACUUUGUCAGAGAUGCUGGAGUAAGGCUACAGACUCGUUUAGUCAGAGAGGCUGAGGAAAAGGCCAGGAAGAAAGCAGAAGAGAAAACUCGUCUGGCCGAGGAGAAACGAAUAAGAGAAGCUGAAGAGAAGGCUGCUACUGAAGUUGCUGCUGCGGCUAUUGCUGAAGCUAAGGCAAAAGCAAAAGUUGAAGCUGAGGAGGCAGAACAUAUUGCUGUAGAGGAAGCUGCAAAGGCCAGUCCUGAUGCUCUGAAUCAGGGGGAGCAAUUUAACUCUGGUUUUGCCCCUCUGGUCCUGAAAACUCUAGAGGAACUGCAAAAGGAACAACAAGUUUUUUUCCCUUAUAUAUGA